AUGUGCUUCAGCAAGGAGGAGACGCUGGUUGACUAUUCCUUUGGAUCGUGUCAACAGAGGAAAGUCUUUCCUCACUACAUUCCCCUAGACUUUAUGGGGAACAAGUUUCUCCCUCUGAGGGGAGCUUACCACAGAGGACCUGCAAGUUACUUAACAGAAGAUAAAUAUGGCUUGGCAUACAACCUCACUAAAAUCCCAACCAGUAAAAAAGGAUAUGCUUUUGGAGCCAGAACAAGUGUGAGAUUUCAAUCAAACAACAAGAAUCCUACACUUUACCCAGGCAUGUACCAGAAAGUAGAUUCUCCGGAGGAAAAACACAAACAGUCUUUUGCUCCAUUUAAUGUUAUGUUACCUCGAUGUGGGAAGUGUGAUUUAGGAAAGUUCGUUUAUCCUGGCCCUGGCACAUACAACCCAGAGAUGAAGCCACCCCGAAAGAUUGCUUGGCCGAUGAAAUUUGGAUCUCCAGACUGGGCUCAGGUUCCAUGUCUACAGAAAAGAACCCUAAAAACAGAGCUGUCCACAGACAAAGAGUUUAGAAAGCAUCGGAACCGUGUGGCCUACCUAAGUCUGUAUUACAAUUGA